AUGUUAGCCAUCCAGACCCUCAACCUGGUCGCUUUUGUUUCUGCUGUCUCAGCCUUCAACCUCCCGGUGACGAUGGCCCCCUCAGCGACGGGUACCCAGCUACAUUCUCGGCAGUUCAAUCUAGGGCAAUUCUUCCCCGGACAGCUCUCCGCCGGCGAACAUUCGGCCGGGCAGUUCUCUGCCGGUACCUCACAGGCCUCUGCCGGCUGCGGCUUGGAAACCAACGUCUGGGGGCAAGUCUCGGCGACGACCACCUCCGGCUUUGCAAACCUCUGUCUGCAAUGUCGGGUGAACGUCUUCGGCGUCGACAUCGUCCAGUUCAACUUCUUUAGUGCUCUUGCAGCUAGUAUCAGUGCCCAUGGUGUCUCCGCCAGCCAACUAUCCGUCUUACAAGGCGCCAUUGAAGGAGACCUCCUUAAACUCUCUGCCGGGGCAAAGACCAGUGCCAGCUGUACAGCAGCCUGUGCUGGCGACCAGCGAUGUGAUUCUUGCAGCUUUGUGAAUGGGAGCUGCCGGAUCAAGGCCGUCAACUACCUUACCCAAAAUCAUGCCGGCGCGCCUCUUGCACAAGCAUUCCAGGGACUGUACUCGAAUGGAGGCUCUGGAUAUUGUUCGAUCUGCCCCGCCGACCGUAGUUGUUCCGGGCCGAAACCGAGCGCCCUGCCCCGAAGGAGCUUAGCUAAGAACUCAUUGAUCGACGAAAAGUGUCCCGCCGGUCUGUCAGCAUGUCCCAUCUUAUCUGGCGUACCACUCAACCCUUCAUCUGGCUUCGAGUGCCUCGACGUCCAGCAAGAAGCUAGCUCUUGUGGAGGCUGCGCCUCAACAGGACAGGGUGUUGAUUGUACAGCAAUCAAGGGUGUCUCAUCAUCCGGUUGCUCAGACGGCACUUGCAAGAUUUACUCCUGUAAGGCUGGCUACCACUAUUCACCCAUCCAUAGUAUUUGCUACAAGAGUCACCGCUCGUCAAAGAUGGCUUUAUCUGCUCGCUAA